AUGGCCUACGAUGAAAUCCUCUACUGGAGGGACUAUGACAUUGACAGUGUUAAAGAAGCACCUCGUUUUCAAUACCAGGAAAUAUUUGAAGACAACCGCGUUUACAGAGGGACUACAACCGGUGGUGGUAUCUUCAAUGACGCAGAUCCCGAUCAGGACGUAACGGCUGGUUUGCAGAAUAUUGCAUUCUCGGUCGAGAAGAAUCGGCCCAGUCAAGAAAUCUUGGUUCGCGUUCACAGUCCCACCUUGCGAUUCUUGCUCUUAGAAGCCCUUCGUUCCGCCGAGUUGAAUGGGCCCAGCGCCCUCGACCAUGUCCUCACUCUCGAUCUUCCUACACUGCUCCAGAACUACACGGCUCUCAGAUCACUCUUCGAGAGAGAAGCGGCCCAAAGGCCGAAAAAUUGGAGCCUAUUGGAGCUACGCCUUCUGGCCUGUGAUUUUUUGUUGGACCGAUCAAUCUAUGUCGGCUGCUUCGACUUGGACCUUCUCCACAGCCGUGGUCUCCUCUCCUACGCUCACUGGAAUGACAUGCAACAAUGGGAAUUCGAAAAUGAUCUCGCUUACCUUGACCGUCUUCUAAGUCUCUCUGUGGAACCUGUGGCCACAGAACGGUGGAGAGAUCAUCCUCCCGCAGGCUCUGAGGGUCAAGAAUCCGCCUUGACACUCGCUAUCAAAAGUGGUGAUAUCAAUUCAAUUCAAGGCCUGCUUGAAGACACCCAAGUCAGAGUCGCCGCUUACGAUUUAUCUGCAAGUUUAGCAGCAGAUCACUUGGACAUCUUCUGGUUGUUGCUUGCACAUGGAGUAGAGCUGGAAGAUUCAGAUUUUGUCGACCAAUCAAUUCGCGAGCAGCCCAUCGAUGUAGCUGCCAAACGAGGGCAUCUUCAGGCUGUUCAAGCUCUCGCAAUGCGUGGUGCGGACGUCUUCAGCUCCCGGACUAUAGCUGCUGCCGCUGCGGAAGGCCAUGAGCAUGUCGUCCGCUACUUGCUCUCACUUCUUCCAAGACAUUUUGUCAGCUUCACGGAUAUUGCAUUGGCUACCGCGAUCAAAAACGGCCAUCUAGUUAUUGUUUUGCUCCUUCUUGACCAACCUUCACGGGUUUUGGAGACUCAGCAUCUUCAAUUCGCGGUUAAGCAUGGUCACGUCGAGAUUGCCCAAGUUCUAUUCGAACGUCUUCUCAGCGAAUCCGAAGGCCUCAUGACCUGGGAAGACAUCUAUCAGAGUACAAUACCUUACGAAACCCUUUUAGGAGGCGCUGCACGCCGGGGCCACAUCCCAAUGGUGCGUUGGCUCCUGCAGUUGAAUGCACCACUCCACCCCCACGAAAAGGAUUCCGUGCUACGAGUCGCGAUACGAAGUGGCGAUUUUAAUCUGGUCAAAGAAGUGUGGAAUAUCAUUCCAAAGUCCAAGGUCUUCCACAUUGGGAAGGGGUCCUUAAUAGAUUCAACACCAGACCGAUGGUAUCAGACUUGGGAAUCCGAGACUCGCAAUCUUUCGUCCUUCAACAGACCGGCAUUGGAUUCACAGCGAGUUGAAUCUGCUCUCGUGGAAUCAUUGCAAGACACUCAUUUGGACUUCUUGCUGAAGAGUCGAUUGCUUCAAGUAACCACGGCAUUCCGAAAUUUUGCUCAAAAUUAUUGCGAUUACCGAGACAUCUCCAAAUGGGGAUUUGCAGCAAUUAGAAAGAUCAACAAGAAUCGCUUGCCGACGAGCUUCAAAGAAAUCGUCUGCUGCCUUCAGCUCACCCGAGCCAUGCAGGAUGCUGGCAUUGCUGUUGGCUUUGACAAUGAAUUCAAGGGAAUAUGCACAACAGAAGAGUGA